AAACGUCACCUUUCCUUUUGGUGAGCAAGGUGUGUUCACGUGAGGUUGUGUGUGCCCUCGAAAAUAGGUCACACAAUCCUCAUAAUUUCGUGAAUAAUUUCUUCUAAAAUAUAAAAAAAAAUAUAAAAUUAAUAAAAAACCAAAAAAAUUGUAAAAUAUAAAAUAAACAACGGGAAUCACUCGAUUUUAAGUUAGUGUACGUAAGCGUGCAACGUGGUCUAAGGAAUGCGAUAGUCAUUACGAAGAGAAAGUGAAGUUGUCCGUAAUAAUUGAGGCCAAUUUUAAUGUUCAUUAAAAUACUGAAGUAGUGAAAAUAUCAAAAUGAAUCCAGGCCCACCUAAUUACCCCAUGGCAUCUUUGUAUGUCGGGGACUUGCACUCCGAUAUUACUGAAGCCAUGUUGUUUGAGAAAUUUUCAACGGCUGGUCCCGUACUCUCUAUUCGAGUCUGUCGCGAUAUGAUCACGCGUAGAUCCCUAGGCUACGCUUAUGUGAAUUUUCAGCAACCUGCCGAUGCUGAAAGGGCACUUGACACUAUGAACUUCGAUAUGAUCAAAGGAAGACCUAUUAGAAUCAUGUGGUCCCAACGAGAUCCAUCUCUACGCAAAUCUGGAGUUGGGAAUGUUUUUAUUAAAAAUCUUGACAAGACAAUUGACAACAAGGCUAUGUAUGAUACUUUUUCAGCUUUUGGUAAUAUUUUAAGUUGUAAAGUGGCCCAAGACGAAACUGGUGCCUCAAAGGGUUAUGGAUUUGUUCACUUUGAAACUGAAGAAGCUGCCAAUAAAUCUAUUGAAAAAGUGAAUGGUAUGUUACUGAAUGGAAAGAAAGUCUACGUUGGCAGAUUUAUUCCUCGUAAGGAACGCGAAAAGGAACUUGGAGAGAAAGCUAAGUUGUUCACAAAUGUGUAUGUGAAAAACUUUGGUGAAGAUUUUUCGGAUGAAAUGCUCCGUGACAUGUUUGAAAAGUAUGGUAGAAUAACUAGCCACAAAGUAAUGUACAAGGAAGAUGGAUCCUCUAGAGGAUUUGGAUUUGUUGCAUUUGAAGAUCCUGAUGCAGCUGAACGUGCUUGCAUGGAACUUAAUGGAAAAGAGCUUGUUGAAGGCAAGCCAUUAUAUGUUGGACGUGCGCAAAAGAAAGCCGAGCGUCAAAAGGAGUUGAAACGUAAAUUUGAACAAUUAAAAUCUGAGCGUCUGACCCGCUACCAAGGUGUCAAUUUAUAUGUCAAAAAUCUAGAUGAUACUAUUGACGAUGAAAGACUUCGCAAAGAAUUUGCGCCUUUCGGGACAAUAACUUCAGCUAAGGUAAUGCUCGAAGAUGGUCGCAGUAAAGGUUUUGGGUUUGUAUGUUUCUCAUCACCGGAAGAAGCCACUAAAGCUGUGACAGAAAUGAAUGGACGCAUAGUUGGAACGAAACCAUUAUAUGUCGCACUGGCCCAACGUAAAGAAGACCGCAAGGCUCAUUUGACAUCUCAAUAUAUGCAGCGAAUGGCAAGUAUGCGCAUGCAGCAAAUGGGUCAAAUAUUCCAGCCAGGUGGUGCUGGAGGGUAUUUCGUGCCUACUAUUCCACCGGCUCAACGCUUCUAUGGCCCAGCACAAAUGACCCAAAUAAGACCUUCCCCACGAUGGACAGCACAGCCUCCGGUAAGACCAAGCACUCAGACUGCAGCAUCUGGCUACCCCAACAUGCAGGCUCCAUUCCGUCCUGCACCCAGAGGCCCCACCCAAGCCGCCCUACGUACGUCUCUUGGGGCUAGACCUAUUACCGGUCAGCAGGGUGUAGCUACUGCUGCGUCUAUUCGAGCUCCGCUGGUCACUCAAAGUGGGCGCCCGGCAGGUUACAAAUAUACUGCGAACAUGCGUAAUCCUCCUGCACCUCAACCAGCUGUUCAUAUUCAAGGUCAAGAACCUUUAACCGCGACUAUGUUAGCUGCAGCACCACUUCAAGAGCAGAAGCAAAUGCUUGGUGAACGUCUUUUCCCAUUAAUUCAAAGAAUGCAUCCUGAUUUGGCGGGAAAAAUAACAGGAAUGCUACUAGAGAUUGACAAUUCGGAACUUCUUCAUAUGUUGGAGCAUGGAGAGUCUCUCAAAGCUAAAGUAGAUGAGGCAGUCGCUGUUUUGCAGGCUCACCAAGCUAAACAACAAGCUACUAAGAAAGAGUAAUAUUUUACAGUACUGGCAAAAGCAAGAGAAUUUUGCCAGAUUUAUUAUUAUUAAAUAACAAGAACCGUAAUUAUAGCAGUGUUCUUGGUAAUUUUUAUGCUUUUAAUAUUCUUCUUACAAAUAUAUAUGUAUAAUGGUCCCGAUUAUAAAAACACAAAAUAAAAAUGGAAAAAAGAAAAAGUAGAUUGCGUCUUCCCACAAGAACUAGUAAUGUAACAGAUAAAAUGGGAGAGCAUUCUACAAACAAAAAUAUAAUGCAACUGUCAACAUUUCUAUGUUCGAGUAAGAGUUAUACUUCUGGACUCUUUGACUUUUUACAUUGACUAGGAGAGGUAGUUCGGUUAAGUUCUUUUAUUAUAGAUUAACUAUUAAUUAUCAUUCUUUUUAUUUCUUAUCUUGAAAAUGGAGUUGGCUUAUGUUCUUGCAGUAUCUUUUAUUUUCUUAUCAGUUCACAUUGGACUUUACCUCGUAUUGUAAGCUUGGUCACCAAUGUAACUGUUUGAAUAUUCCUUUGUAAUUUGUUUCAUCUUAAUAUAUAUUUGGGAUAUUCAACUUAGUAAA